CAAUAUCAGGUAAGCUGUGGAGGUGGGGUCCUUGGAGAUUGGAUGACAGCAGCUGGAAGGGGAUAAGGGUGCAGUGAGCCCCUCCCUCAAGGAAGUCUGGCUUUAUCCAGAGACAGGGCCCUCUGAGGUGGGGCUGAGGUAAAAAGGGGGAUUGAGCAGCCCAGGAGAAGAGAGAUGGGGGUUCCCUUCUUCCCUUCUCUCAGAUGCACGGUGGACUCAGGACCUUGCUGGGCUGGGGGUAUCACUGCAGAGAUGAAGCUGCUUCUGGCCUUAGCAGGGCUCCUGGUCAUUCUGGCCAUGCCCCAACCCUCUGAAAGUGCUUCUUCAGCUGUCCUGGGGGAGGUGGAUACCUCGUUGGUGCUGAGCUGCAUGGAGGAGGCCAAGCAGCUGGUGGACAAGGCCUACAAGGAGCGGCGGGAAAGCAUCAAGCAGCGGCUUCGCAGUGGCUCAGCCAGCCCCAUGGAACUCCUAUCCUACUUCAAGCAGCCCGUGGCAGCCACCAGGACAGCGGUGAGGGCUGCUGACUACUUGCACGUGGCUCUAGACCUGCUGGAGAGGAAACUGAGGUCCCUGUGGCGAGGGUCAUUCAACGUCACUGACGUGCUGACGCCCGCCCAGCUGAAUUUGUUGUCCAAGUCAAGCGGCUGCGCCUACCAGAACGUGGGGGUGACUUGCCCGGAGCAGGACAAAUACCGCACCAUCACCGGGAUGUGCAACAACAGACGCAGCCUCAUGCUGGGGGCCUCCAACCGUGAGUUUGUGCGCUGGCUGCCGGCGGAGUAUGAGGAUGGCUUCUCGCUUCCCUACGGCUGGACGCCUGGGGUCAAGCGCAACGGCUUCCCGGUGCCUCUGGCUCGCGCUGUCUCCAACGCGAUCGUGCGCUUCCCCACGGAUCAGCUGACCCCGGACCAGGAGCGCUCACUCAUGUUCAUGCAGUGGGGCCAGCUGUUGGACCACGACCUCGACUUCACCCCUGAGCCGGCUGCCCGGGCCUCCUUCCUCACUGGCGUCAACUGCGAGACCAGCUGCGUGCAGCAGCCGCCCUGCUUCCCACUCAAGAUCCCGCCCAACGACCCCCGCAUCAAGAACCAAGCCGACUGCAUCCCGUUCUUCCGCUCCUGCCCGGCCUGCCCCCAGAGCAACAUCACCAUCCGCAACCAGAUCAACGCGCUCACCUCCUUCGUGGACGCCAGCAUGGUGUACGGCAGCGAGGAGCCCCUGGCCAGGAACCUGCGCAACAUGUCCAACCAGCUGGGGCUGCUGGCGGUCAACCAGCGCUUCCAAGACAACGGCCGGGCCCUGCUGCCCUUUGACAACCUGCACGAUGACCCCUGUCUCCUUACCAACCGCUCGGCGGGCAUCCCCUGCUUCCUGGCAGGGGACACCCGUUCCAGUGAGAUGCCUGAGCUCACCUCCAUGCACACCCUCUUACUUCGGGAGCACAACCGGCUGGCCACAGAACUCAAGCGCCUGAACCCUAGGUGGGAUGGGGAGAGGCUCUACCAGGAGGCCCGGAAGAUUGUGGGGGCCAUGGUCCAGAUCAUCACUUACCGGGACUACCUGCCCCUGGUGUUGGGGCCAGCAGCCAUGAGGAAGUACCUGCCCAGGUACCGUUCCUACAAUGACUCAGUGGACCCACGCAUCGCCAACGUCUUCACCAAUGCCUUCCGCUACGGCCACACCCUCAUCCAACCCUUCAUGUUCCGCCUGGACAAUCAGUACCAGCCCAUGGAACCCAACUCCCGUGUCCCCCUCAGCAGGGUCUUUUUUGCCUCCUGGAGAGUAGUGCUGGAAGGUGGCAUUGACCCCAUCCUCCGGGGCCUCAUGGCCACCCCUGCCAAGCUGAAUCGUCAGAACCAAAUUGUAGUGGAUGAGAUCCGGGAACGAUUGUUUGAACAGGUCAUGAGGAUUGGGCUGGACCUGCCUGCUUUGAACAUGCAGCGCAGCAGGGAUCACGGCCUUCCAGGGUACAAUGCCUGGAGGCGCUUCUGUGGGCUCCCGCAGCCCAACACGGUGGGCGAGCUGGGCACGGUGCUGAGGAACCUGGAAUUGGCGAGGAAACUGAUGAUGCAGUAUGGCACGCCCAACAACAUCGACAUCUGGAUGGGCGGCGUGUCUGAGCCCCUGGAGCGCAAUGGCCGCGUGGGCCCACUCCUCGCCUGCAUCAUCGGCAUCCAGUUCAGGAAGCUCCGGGAUGGUGAUCGGUUUUGGUGGGAGAACGAGGGUGUGUUCAGCAUGCAGCAGCGACAGGCCCUGGCCCAGAUCUCCUUGCCCCGGAUCAUCUGUGACAACACGGGCAUCACCACUGUGUCUAAGAACAACAUCUUCAUGUCCAACUCGUAUCCCCGGGACUUUGUCAACUGCAGUACACUUCCUGCAUUGAACCUGGCUUCCUGGAGGGAAGCCUCCUAGAGGCUAAGUAAGGGGGUGCAGCAGUGAGGGGUAUAUCUGGGCUGGCCAAUUGGAACCACGGCCAAUUGGAACAAUCUGGGCUGGCCAAUCUCCUUGCCCUAGGUGAGCCCAGCCCUGUUCUGGGUGCAGCUGAGAAAAUGAAUGACUAGACAUUCAUUUGUGUGCUCAUGUAUCUGCAAAGUAUAUAAAUUGGCAUUUCAUGUGUGUGUGUUGUCUGAACAUGGGGAGUGUUUCAUGGGUUAUGUGUAUGUGCCAUUUAUGUGAGUGUGUGUUUGUGCCGAUGAGAAUACUGAGUAUGUGGAAGGCAGCAGAACGGACUGGUGAGGCGCACAGCUCAGGAAUUAGACUGCUUGGGUUCCCAUCCUGGCUCUGUGGCUUGCUAGCUUUGUGAACUUGAGCAAAUUACCCUCAUUAAACAAGAGUUUUCUUCCUUGUAAAUUACAUCUGCCAUGGUUUCUUGGAGGGCCCACUUGUAUCCUCUUGUUCUUCAUUUAUUGAGCACCUACUACAUGCAAGGCACUGUACUGGGCAUGAGAAACAUAUAGAGACAAGAAAGAGAUACCAAAAUGCCAUCUGUGUCUCGGUUAGCAGAGCUGGACCAGUGGUGCCCUGGAGGGAUGAGCCAGCCGCAGCUGGGCUCUGUGGUUGACUUAUAGGCCCAGCCAGCCAGGCUCAGGCCAUGGCUCCCCUUUUUCUUCCUCACCCUGAUUUCUUGCUUAUUCACUGGAGUCCUCCUGAAGAGGAACUGGGCCUGUUGUACUUUCUGUACCAUUUAUUUGCUCCCAAUGUUUAUGAUAAUAAAGGCACCACCAAUGGGGACCUCCA